UGCGCGGUUCCCGGCUGGUACCCCUCGAACCCACGGGGGGAGAAACACUGCGCACACCUUCAUUUCCACACAAAAAGGUGCACGCGAGCUGAACACGUUUGUAGGAGUCCAGAGCCGACUCGGUUCUAGGAUCACAAACUGGAUUUCAGGCGCAUGAAAUAACGGACCCGUCUCUUUUUAGACAUCGACUCAUCGAGGCCACGUCACCGGGAGGAGGGGAUGGAGGGGCGCUCCUAGGAGGACAGAGAAGACGAGGACGAGACCCGGAAUUCUGUCAAAAUUACGACGGGAAUAAAGUACAGUUCUCUGUCUCCCGGUACCGGGGGAGACCUCCGGCCGCUCGUCAUGUCGCGCGCCAAGGAGCGGCUGAAAGGAGGAAAGGAGACCAAGGACAGCGUCACUCUGCUGCCCUGCUUUUAUUUUGUGGAGCUCCCCAUCCUGGCUACCUCAGUUGUCAGUCUUUAUUUCCUGGAGCUGACGGACAUUUUCCAACCGGUGCAUUCUGGGUACAGUUGCAAUGAUCGCAGUCUGUCACUCCCCUACAUCUUGCCCAGACAGGAAGUCUGUCCCCUGCCUUUGCUCUUCAGCUUGGCCUUCGCUGCUCCAACUGUCACAAUCUUGAUAGGAGAGGCCAUCCUGUACUGCUACCUAUCUAGGAGGUCAUCAUCAACACAGACUGAGGCCAACAUUCAUGCUGCUGGAUGUACUUUCAACUCCUACAUUCGCAGAGCUGUACGCUUCAUAGGUAUCCAUAUUUUUGGGUUGUGUGUGACAGCACUCAUAACCGACAUUCUUCAGCUGUCCACCGGUCAACACACUCCUUACUGGCUGGAAGUUUGCAAACCCAACCUGACCCACAUCAACAUGUCCAGCUGUGAUGAAGCUUUUAUUCUGGAGGACAUCUGUUCUGGACAGGACUUAGGGUUGAUCACUGCUGGGAGGAAGUCUUUCCCAUCCCAGCACGCCACACUUGCUGCCUUUGCUGCUGUUUAUGUCUCAAUGUACUUUAACACAGUGCUGACAGACUCAGCCAAGCUUCUGAAGCCUCUGCUGGUGUUUUCUUUCGUCAUGUUGGCCAUCCUGGCUGGAUUAACGAGGAUCAUUCAAUUCAGAAACCACACUGUGGAUGUCUACUGUGGGUGGUUCCUGGGAGCUGCCAUCGCAGUUUACCUGGGUGUGUAUGCUGUUGGUAAUUUCCAGCCAAGUGAAGAUCUCUGCAAAAGUCGACCACUUCCUCUCAUUCUGAGAGAGCCACCCCUCUCCUCCCUCCCUAAUGUCAGUCAAUCAGCAGUCAGUAACAGCCAUCAAGGCAUUCACACCUUGGCUCCCAGCCCAGCAAAGCCUAUCAUGACACGAUCCUCUUCUCACACCUUGUCCCCCGAAAGACCAGUAACCAUCUUGACCCGUAGCUCUUCCUACCGAGAGCCGUCCAUGAGCAAUCUGAAGAGAACCAGUGCAGAGGUGGAGGUGAUCUCUACAUCCAGCCCACCAGGAAACUAUGACAACAUGAUGACCUUCAGCAGCAGUACACUGCCAAGGUCCCAUGGUGGAUCCUCAUUAGAGGAGGGUCGAAUUCCACGGCGCCAUGCUGCCAUCCAUGCCUCUAUGGACUCAACCCGCUCCAAACAGCUGCUCAGCCAGUGGAAGAAUAAAAACGAUAACAGGAAGAUGUCUCUGCAGGUGAUGGAUGGAAUAAGGCCACCCUCCUCUUCAUCUCCUCAGAGGAACAUGGAGCUUCGCUGCUCCUCUGAACCAUCUGCCAUGGGUCUGGAGGCAGAAUUGCGUGCUGCCACACACAUGGUUUCAGCAUCAGCACAGGAGGCAGAAAUGCGUGUUGGGGCCCACAUUCCUGCUCAGUACAUGAAGCUAGCAGCUAGCUCUGUACCCAUAAACAGCCAUAAUCACCUGGGACAUAAUGGCAGUUCUGGGAUGGCAGGUGGAGCCAGAGUCGCCAUUCAACCUCGACCCGGAUCUUCACAGUUAGUUCACAUUCCUGAAGAGGAAAAUACAACCAGCAAGGAUCAAGAGAGUGAGUCUGAGGACAGCAUGAUGGAUGGAGGUGGGUCAGUGAGGGAAAAAUGGCUGAGAGUGGCUGAGAAGACCACCCUGCCCUGCAGACCACUGAGUGCUGGAGGACAGCCUCGUCUCAUGCAGGUGAUAGCGUUAUCCAAACAGCAAGGUCUGCUUCACUCUCCUCGUUCAGAAGAUGGCGGAUCUGUUCGGUACAGAGCACUGACAGACCAAGACCCAUCACCGCCCGCCUCUACCACUGGAGCAAUGGGAGGAGGAGGAGGUCUGGAAAGAACUGGCAGUAUAGUUCGUGUAGAUGCCCACCCAGAGUCCAGACAAAACAAACCGGUGGUAAAGCCUCCUAGUACUGAUGGAAGUGGCUCGUGGCGAUGGAAACCACCAGAACAGCGAGCAUCACUGCGUCAGUCUACGUUUGUCCUGAAUGACCUGAACAGACACACAGACAGCUGUGAUUCGCUGAGGGACAGUAGCUCCAUGGAUGGAAGGAGGAGCGUGACAGGAACUGAAUCAGAAAGUGAAUGUGGUGGGGAUGCAUGUGGAGGAGGAGUUGCAUACACCAACUAUCCACGAGUUGUGUACCCUUUGCACCCCCUACAUCCAAAUAAUCCUAAUAAUUUCCAACAUUCUAGUUUUAAUCCCAACAAUCACAGUAAUCCAAACUUUAAUAAUGUUCAUCCUAAUUUCAAUCCCUGCUCUACCAACUCCAACAUGACAAUCCCUCCUCCUGCCAACUUUGCUCCACCUUUCCAUCCCCACCCUCAGGCUAUCACUACUAUCAGGGUCACCCCAGUGGAGGCAUCAGCUGCCAGCACUGAUGGAGGCUCAGACUCCCAGUCAGUCGCCUCGUCUAGUCGUGAGUCCACUCUUAGGAGGAAGGAAAGCAGUAACAAUGUCCCAGACCGAGGACCUACCCCCGACCUCCAAAACCACCACCGUUCCUGUGAUGACACCAACCGUCUCGACCAUGACAGCAGCAACCGUUUCCACGAAAACCUUCGAAAUUUUCAAGAAAAUCCCAUCCAGCCCAGUUUCCUAAACAGGCAGAUGCAAGGUAUAUUUGCACGUCCAAGCCCAACCCCUCCCCCUACCUUACCACGCCCCAUCCUGACUCACACUCCACCACCUAAUUUUGGCUUGGCCUACAAAGAAUGACUGAGUUAAGUCCAAUCAAGGAAACCAUUGGUUACGUUGCUUGGGCCAACGCCCAGAACUACAAAGUCCAUCUACAAAGCAGUGUCUGCUUCUAGUUUAAGGUCUAAAAGGGUUUGGUUCCACACUCAUCUGUUCAGUUGGUCAGUUAGACAACAGGCUUGAGAUACAUUUUGGUUAAUAGACCAUGAAGUGUACAGACACAAUUAACCAAGGCCAAGAGUCAGGACAUUCUGUGUAAGAAGUAAGUUUGAGUCUAUUUCUUUUUUUUUAAAGUGUGUUAUUAGUAAUUAUUUGCAUAUUUUUUAAAUCCAAGACUGCUGGAGACAUUGGACAGAUUUUUGUAAAUGACAAACAAUGGCUAAAUGGGCUAAUUUAACAAUUGAUCAUUUCACUCGACCAACAAACAGAGAGAGAGGGAAUUAUUUGAUAGUGGUCAAACCUUUCCAGCAAGGAUUCGUUCAGCCUAAAGACUGUUAUCUUAUCCA